AUGCCCUCUCCCUCCGGCCCGCAUCUCCUUCCCUCCGGACACAAGUCUCAGUUGGUUCAGCUCGCGGACGAGCUGGAGCUUGCUAACGAACACCUACUGCUGGGGAUCUUCGCCAUUAAUAAGGACACUAAUGCUGAUCUUCAGCGUGUUGUUAUGGAGGCUGUGCAUCUGAGUACAGGUAUUGCAAAUAUUGGGGACUCCGUCACCCUGGCGGCGCUCCGGGGCCGCGAGCACCAUGCCAAUAUCUACAACGUUAAGACGAAACAGCAAGCCAAUACAACAGAAUCAGAGAAGCAGCAAAUGAUACGCAUUCUCGAGGCCGUUGAUCAUAUUCUUACUGUCGCAGAUAACCUAUUAAAAGAUCUGCAAGCAUAUAGACAUGGAGCAGAUAGGCAGUUUGAGUUGUCGAUUAUUGAGGCGUCUCAAAGCUAUUUUGAAGCAAUGCAUAGCUACGCAGAGGAAUUCCCCGGGUUUGACACCUUUGUUGUUGUCUCUCGUUCACAUGCCCAGAUCAAAGAUGCUAUUAGAACCUUUGUACAAGCGCUGACCAUGCGACUUAUAAAGGCCAUUUGUAACGAGUUUGCGGUCAUUAUUGCUACACGUAAGCGAUGCAAGGUUAAGGAUAUAAAAAGCUACUUUGAUGUUGCAUCCUUUCGUGAGAUGUUGUUCUCUGAUGCAGCUUCCAUAUCUUUUCUAAAAGAGUUAGAUCCUGCCAGUUAUAGCCUUGUGCGAGCAGCUGUGAUACUAGUACUUUAUGAACUAGCGCGUGGAAGCAUAUCCUUCUUAGAGGACAACAUGCAUGAGGGCAUUGCAGCACCAGAUAUAAAUCUACUCAGAGGCCUAGGACUUAAGAUAUAUGAACUAUCCUAUAGCACCAUUUGUUAUCCGGACAGUGUACCUAUCGAUCGUAGAGUUGCUGCGGAGAGAGAAGCCCAAACAAAAUCGGGGAGGCACUCUAACUCGACUGUGAAUACGGUACAACUGCAUCAUUCCACCUAUGCAAAUAACCUUCUCAAAGAUGGCUGUGAAUACUUAGAUCGCGCGCUAGGAUAUUACUUCUUGGCUGUAACCAUAUACAUAUAUCAUACACGAGAUAUCUUGCUAUCAGUUUUUUUCUCUAGUAACCCAAAGGAAAAUUCAGAGCCCAGACACGGCACGAAAGAGAUCCACGAAAUCGAAAGAUUUACUGUUGUAUUGGAUGCUGUCUUAAAUGAGCAACUUUCCUCUCGUGAGUCUCUGGAGGUUGCUAUACAAAAACUCAGUGCAAACGGAAGUAACAAAUUGUUAACAGAUCUCUCUACGAUUGACGCUUGCCUCGGAACCAUUUUCUACCCCGUUCUAGAUUAUAAAAUGCUCCAUGCAGAAAUAAAAUACUUCUCAACCUUAGAUUUUACCAGAAGUCAAUCCUAUCGUAACACACUAAAAUGGGUUAAGGAUGUUCCUGAGGCCUAUUUCUCUUCAGUCCGGACUAGACCUCUCAGUCAUGUUCUCGAAGGCGUUCUGACGUCCAACCCUCUCUAUGGGUUCGCUCUUUACAUGCAGAUAGAUCAUGCUCUGUCAAUAGCGUGCACCCUUGAUUGCGACCUUAUGAUACUUUUGCUGUCCAGCGCCCUGCAGACCAUCGAGUCCCACGUCGUGUCCUUCACGGAUACUUUUCAUGCACACUUAUCAAAACAGCAGCCAACGAUCAAGCAAGCCGGUGUCUUUCCCGGUACCAUUUACACGUGCACACUGCUCUCUGCAAUACAUGCUAUGUAUUGUUCUGCUACCCUCACCGUCAAGACGCUCUCAGCGAGCUCCCCUGCGUACAGUAGUCUGUUUAGCUCAUUGUCAGCUUUCCUUCCGUCAGAUCGCGCUGGGAGCAUUACUUUUACUCAGCCAGAUAUUGAAGAAAGUACAUUCCCGAUGACAUUUAAGCUUGACUCCGGACACAUGUCGCUGCUCAAGCUUAUAACAAACCCGUACAUGCUUAUCGUUGAAAGAUUUGAGGCGUGGCUUGAUUCUAUUAUAGUAGCAGAUAAAGCAAAUACUGAAAAGUACCGGAACAUUGCUACCAUUGAAAACUUGUCAUUUCUUAUAUACUUCUGUGACAGUCUUUUAGAGCACAACUUCAGCACAUCCAUACAGAUGUCUUUGAAGACUAAAAUAGAUAUUUUGCUAUCUGAGUAUAUAGAAGAGAAUAUUAGGUACAAGUUCUGCGAUAAUUCUUCCAAAGACUUCUCCUGGGUUCAGGUUGUCGAUAAGAUUGAAGAGGUUAUAGCCGGAGGGAUCCAGCCAACCGACGUACCCACCCAGACAGGACUAGCACAUAAGGAUGUAGAGAAAGCAAUAAAGACAUGCAACUCAACCAUCAAGAAGCACUUUUCGGAUACCAUGGACCGAUUUUUCAAGCAUAUAAACCUCAAGGCGGCCAUUGCAAAUUGCUCGUCCAUCGUUGCUGUUGCGCGUAUCAAGGAUGGAACAAUAGGCCUUCUGAAGCAAGUCAGUGAUGCACUCUUUGAAAGUAUAAAAAGAAGAUAUUCCCUUUUCCUUGACUAUUCCGAAAGAUGCUACGUUCCAUCGUUACGAAGCAAGUUUUCAUUGUCAUUAGAAGAUCUGAGGAAGUAUUACGAAGGGGAGUUUGAGAAGCUGAAGAAGACUCUCCCCAACUAA